AUUUUCAGCAAAGGAUAAAAGCUUGUUCCUUUAGUUUGUAGCGUUUUUACACAAUAAAUUCCAGUCACAAUUUUCAUUUCGUCACAAAUACAUGUCUAGAAAGUAGAGAAUAAAUAAUAGACGAAAUGUAUAGAUUUAAAAAAGCAAUUUAUUAGAUUCUACAUGAAUCUAGUGUGUUAAUUUGUUACGAUAACGUUAACCAUCAAAUUCUUGCGUGUUUGUUAAUACAUAUUGAUUUAGGCAAGCGGUUUUCCCGUUUUCAGAAUUUGCUAUGGAGAUCCCAAUAGGGCGAAGAAACACGGCUUUCAUCUGCACCAUUGUGAUUUUCUCCUGGAUAUCUGUAGCGCAAAGCAUAGACUGCUUCAAGUGCGUGUCGAUGAAUGGCAAGUUUCCAGCGUGUGACGACCCCUUCCACAACAACCAUUCGCUGCAGAUGCUGGAGUCGCCAUGCAUGGGCGGCCGCAAGGGCAGGGACGGUUUAUUCCCAGCUACUUCGUGCAUCAAGAUCGCUGGUGUCUUUGAUGACACUGGCGAGUCGAUCACAGUCCGCGGCUGCGGCCUGGACUCCGGGACCGCCACCACAGACACUGAGAUCAUAAGGAUGUCACACUGCGGCCGAUUCUACUACAACGACAGAUACGUCCACGGCUGUCUGCAGAGCUGCAACGACGCUGACGCCUGCAACUCCUCGACUCUAGUCACACCACACAUACUGCCACUCCUCGCGUGCCUCGUGAAGAUGGCCCUCAGCUAACAGCAGCGCUGAGACACUGAUAGCCGUUGGGUUUGACUUUGACAGCCGGAAAUGAAAGAAAAUAUCAAAAUAAGUACCCACAUUUUACUUUGGUAGCCGGAAAUGAAUGAAAUAUCAAAAUACCCACAUCUGAUUUCGGUAACCGGAAAUGAACGGAACUAUCAAAAUACCCACAUUUGACUUUGACAGCCGGAAAUAGACGGAAUUGUCAAAAUACCUACAUUUGAGUUUGGUAACUAUAAAUGAACGUAAAUGUGAAAAUACCCACAUUUGACUUUGGUAACCGGAAAUGAACAUAAAUGUCAAAAUACUCAUAUUCGACUUUGGUAACCGGAGGUGACAGAAAAUAUCAAAAUACCCACAUUUCACUUUCAUAACCGGAAGUGACCGAAAAUAUCAAAAUACCCACAUUUAAGUUUGGUAACCGGAAAUGGACGAAUACAAUAAUAAUUUCCGGUUAACACAGACGGUAAAACGUUCAUAGUCAUAAUAAGGUCAAACCCAACGUUUAAAGGGCACAAGACGAAUGAAAGUCCAUUACAAAAUAAUUAUUAGAUUUAAGACAUUCAUUCGAACACCAUCACAUUACUAGUUUCGGGUAGGUUAAGUAUGUCGACAAGUUUAUAGAGACUGUUCAGUCUUCUUCUAUCGUGUGGGUUGUGAGGUGGAUUACCAACCCCAUCAACCCUGGUGCCAGGGUUACUAUUGAGCCGCCAAAGGCACCUUACAUGGCUCAGUAGCCGUAGAAUAGCAAACGCGAAAAACAUAUCUAUCAGAAAAGUAAGUUAAAAAAUUAACACGACUUCAAAAACUGUCAAAUAAAAAGUAAGAAAUAAUCUUUGGUUGAGUACAAUGUUAGGAGCGAAGUUCUGUAGACGAUUUCCAACACAGCUAAAGCUCUAACUACAACAUGACAACAGCCAUAACGUGACGCCUGUAUCCCCAAAGAGGUAGGCAGAGCUGUAUAGUAUAUUAUACACCCGCCCCACUUCUCGCCAGAUCAACAGUCUCUAUAAACAUGUCAAGACCUCUCACGAGCGGAUUCAGGGGUCAUGGGGAGUCAUGACACCCCCCCCCCCCCGCACCCCUCCCCCCGUCGGGCGAUAGCACACCCCGGACACUCCAUAGAAAAAUCUCAUUGUAAUCGCGUGCCAUCUUACCACGUAAGUGCAAUCGAGAAUGUCCACGUGCGCUCCCACUUACUUCUUAACGACUUACGCCCUCUUAGACUAAAGUGAGGCGCAGAGGGGGUGAGGUAAAUGUAACUUGACGCGCGAAACGAAUUGGUGCGGGGCGGAAAGUGUCCGUUCUAUACGUAGUAUUCUUUAUUCUAAGGCGAUUGGUCGGGUCAUGGGUGGCUACAGCUGUCAUCUAAUUCUCUACGGAGAUAGGUUCUCUGCGAUCUGGGGGGGUUAUAGGGUUAAAAUGUCCACAUCGAAGCAAUUCAUCUAAGAAAACAAUUUUGUAAUUUGACAUUUACGCAUAUAAAAGUAAGUGCGCAAUGCAAUCAACUGUCAAAUAGCAAUAUUGCUUUCUUAGAUGAAUUGCUGCGAUGUGGCCAUAUAAACCCCCUAGGUCGCAGAAAACCUAUCUCCAUAGAGAAUUAGAUGAAAUUGCUGUGGCCACCCAUGACCCGACCAAUCGCCUUAGAAUAAAGAAUAGUACGUAUAGAACGGACACUCUUCGCCCCGCACUAAUUCGUUUCGCACGUCAAGUUACAUUUACCUCACCCCCUCUGCGUCUCACUUUAGUCUUUAGCCUCUGGUGACCCCCCCCCUGUCAUAAAAGCUGGAUCCGCCCCUGAGACCUCUACAUAAUCAUAGAAUGUAACACGAAUCUUAUAAAAUAAGUAUAUUAAUUUCAAGAGCCUAUUUCUACAUAGAUUUUGUAAUUUUGUAUCAAUUAUUUGCAAUACCGUUUAUACGUUACAGUUUAUCAUAGUCUAAUUAAGAUAAAAUCGCCUCUUGUCAUCUGUCUUUAACUUGAGCGACAUCUAUUUUUAUCUAUAACUAAUCUAUUGCGAUAAGUAUUUUUCUUUUUUGACGUGACUUAUUGUAGAUUUGCCGCAGAUGGCAUUAACUACUUGGCCGGACAAAUGGGGAGCGCUGAAGGCUCUCACCCGCGAUAAGUAUAACGCGGGAAUCGACUAAUAGAAGCUGUGUGUUUGAAUGUUUAUCUUCGUGUACAGCAUAAUGCGUCUUAUGGUCGAACCUCGCGAUAUAUGUCGCGUUUAUUUGGAUAGUGUGCCCGUGCUGUGUGUUUAAAUGUUUAUCUACGUAUACAGCAUAAUGCGUCUUAUGGUCGAACCUCGCGAUAUAUGUCGCGUUUACUUGGAUAGCGUGCCCGUGCUGCGUGUUUAAAUGUUUAUCUAUGUAUACAGCAUAAUGCGUCUUAUGGUCGGACCUCGCGAUAUAUGUCGCGUUUACUAAGAUAGCGUGCCUGUGCUGCGGGGGUUAUCAUAUCUCGAAGAGAAUAACAGUAUUAAAAUUGUGUUCUAUACUGUAAAUAUGCUGUUCUAUAAUUAUUGAAUGUAACUGGGUAGUUCUUUGAAGAUCGCAAAUCAAUAAUAUUAUCGUGAACGCAAAGAUAUCCAAGAAUCUUUUGUUUUUUUUUUUGCAAAUAUCCUGUUAGAACUUAUGCAUGUCGCCUUCUUACGCAAGUUCUAACCAGAUAACUAAUACAAAGAGGGAUUUUCCAGGCUAUGCGCACCAUAAACAAUAUAGAUAACAGUCAAUGAUGCAUCCUUUAUCUUUGUUUUUGGGUUUAAAUGAUGACCCUUUUUAUUACACCCAGGCACAAUUACAUCUUUAACCCAUUAUUAUCCUGAUCUAAAUAAAGAGAAGCCACAUAAUUCUAUACAUGACAUGUGAUCCAAAUAUCAAGCAACAAUUCUUUUUAUAGUUAUAUGCUUCUGCCAUUAGAUUGUAUUUUGGAAUACUUAAUGAUGUACCCGAGUAAUGAGAAAAUAGGUAAUUAUCACGUUAAAGCUGUACAGCGCCAUCUAUAUUGUUUUUGGUGAACGUUGCCUGGAAAGUCCCACAUUGGCUCGACCAUUAUAAACGGCGAUACGGCUACCUUCUCAGGAGCAUAUUAAACGUUUUUUAUUAUGGUCAAGCUAUGGAAUAUUAUGCUUUUUAUCACCGUUAAAUGAUUACUAUUCAAGCUUAAACAGGGUGUCAGCAAAUUUAAACUGAACUGUAUCGUUGUACUAACAAGAUUGUAUACCUAUCUAAAAUAUGUUUUAAGUCGCCCUAUAUUAUUUAUAUAUUCGCUUUUAGUAAGCAACCGCGCCGUGCCCGGUGCGAAUUAUAUCGAGGGCUUCGACCAAUAGACAAUCUACGAUAAAUAGACGCCGUGUCGUUAUUGAUCGAAGCCGUCGAUAUAAUUCGCGUCGCGCGCGGUGUGUUUGCCAUGCUGCGAAGAUAGACGUAUUUUUAAUGAAAUCUAUUUUCGAGCAAAAUUACCAGUGGUGAAAAAGUUUCAGCACCGUACCUAACUAAGAUUAUUAAUGUUAUAAAUUAGCAUUUUAUUUAAUAUUUUUAGUCUUCUGUAAAUUAGAUAAAGUUAAUAAAUUUAUGAAUAAUUAAUUAAUCACUUCUAGCACUGUACACAGAACCAAAACGGCUUAAAAUAAUUUUAUUAUUUAGACAGUUUUAUAUAUAAUGUA